AUGGAUAGUGAUAUAUUAUUUUUCUCUAUUUGGAGAAAUGUUUAUCUUAGAUGGUUCAUAAGCUCAAAGUUGGAGCAGUUCAAGAAAUAUUCAGCAAUUACCUAUAAUUCAAACGAAGAAAUUAAAAACGAUAAGUUUAUAGAUUAUAGAACGACAGUGGGGGUAUUACCAAAUAAUGGGAAAUUAAAGAAACUUGUGUUUGGGAAUAACUAUAACCAAGAGUUAGUUGAGGGCGCAAUUCCACAAGGUGUCGAAGAGUUGUUUUUAGGAAAAUCUUUUAAUAAACCAUUGUAUGGAGGUGAAAUACCAAACUCUGUUAAAAUAUUAGAUAUGGGCGAGCGUUAUAAUGAACAUCUUUACAGUGGAUCAAUUCCAGACUCUGUCGAGGUGUUGUCUCUAUCCUGGAGUUUUAAUAUGCCAUUAAAACAAAGCUAUACUUUCAAAGGGGAGUUUAAAAAUGGUUCCAUUCCACCUAAUGUUAAAAGUUUAGACUUGGGUCUAAGUUUUAAUCAAGAGCUUCCCAGUGGCAUUCUUCCUUCAUCCAUUACCAAUCUAAUAAUUGGUUCAAAGUUUAGUCAAAUGAUAAAGCAUGGGUCAAUACCUGACAGUGUGACCUCUCUCACAUUGCCAUACAAAUACAAUCAAACAAUAUUUGAAAAUAUCUUGCCAGAAUCAAUCAAAGAGUUAACAAUGGGCUAUACCAAACAAAUAAAACCAGGAGUGUUGCCAAAGUAUCUAGAAUCAUUAACUUUACUUUCACUUACAACACAGCUUUUACCCAAUUCACUUCCAUCAACUUUAAAACACCUCACUCUUAGCAAAGACUAUAAUCUACCUAUUGAAGAGGGUGUCUUACCAUCAGGAUUGAAAGUUCUUGUAUUUGGAGAUAGUUUUAAUCAAAAGUUAUCGCCAGGUGCAAUUCCACAACAACUCGAGGUUUUAAAAUUAGGAUUUUAUUAUGAUCAAUUCAUUCCAAUGGAUUUACUCCCAAAUACAGUUCAUACAUUAGAUUAUCAUUUAACAAUUCCAACACUUGAUCCAGAAUAUAUCAAAUUCAUUCCACCAUCAGUAACAACUCUUACCGUUACAUCUCCGUGUACACUUCCUCUCCCAAUAGAUUUAUUACCACCAUCAAUUAAAAAACUAAUUAUAUCACAAAGACCUCAUCCUAUAUUAUCUGGUUCCAUCCCACAAUCUGUUGAAACUAUUAUUUCAGAUGGAUUUAUUAAAUUUGAUUCUGGUUCAAUCCCUUCAAGUUGCAAAUCACUUUCAAUCAAUAUUCCUAGUUUUGGUGACGAAUUAUUGCUUCCUGACAUUAUUCCAAACUCUGUUGAAUAUUUAGAAUCAAAUAGCAAUUGUUUCGCUAAAGGUUCAAUUCCACCUUCGGUCAAAACAUUAAAUGUAAGUAAUUUUUAUUAA